GCAAUCAUCCAUCAAAGCAGUAAGGGCUCGUGUUAGGGUUUUCUCUUCGAUCAAUCGAUCGCGCCGGGGAGAGAUGGAGGUCGAUAGGAAGCUGAGAAUGCGCCAGCAGAUCCUUCUGGAUCAUCUGCGGCCGUCGUCGGCGCCUCGCCCCGUCAAUCUUGUGACGUCCAUUUGCUCCGCUGGGGAUUCUGCCGCGUAUCACAGGACCACCGAUUACUCUGACGAUGUCGUUGUUGUAGCUGCCUAUCGGACACCCAUUUGUAAAUCCAAGCGUGGGGGUUUUAAGGAUACUUACCCCGAGGAUUUACUGACUCCCGUUCUUAAGGCUGUUGUGGAAAAAGUUGGCUUGAAUCCUGCUGAGGUUGGGGACAUUGUUGUGGGAACCGUGCUUGCUCCUGGUUCUCAGCGUGCAAAUGAGUGCCGGAUGGCAGCAUUCUAUGCUGGAUUUCCAGAAACUGUGCCAGUUCGUACCGUGAACAGACAAUGUUCUUCUGGCCUCCAAGCAGUAGCUGAUGUUGUGGCUGCUAUCAAGGCCGGAUUCUAUGAUAUUGGUAUCGGUGCUGGAUUGGAAUCCAUGACGGCAAACUUGGUGGCUUGGGAAGGCUCGGUGAAUCCAAAGGUGGAAAUGAACCAGAAGGCACAGGACUGCCUUCUACCAAUGGGAAUUACAUCCGAGAACGUUGCUGAAAGGUACGGCGUGUCCAGAAAGGAGCAAGACGAAGCUGCAGUUAGAUCUCAUCGUCGUGCCGCAGCCGCAACAGCGACUGGAAGGUUCAAGGAUGAGAUAAUUCCGGUUCACACCAAGCUUGUUGACCCGAAAACCGGAGAGGAGAAGCCUGUUGUGAUAUCUGCUGAUGACGGUAUGCGGCCCAAUGCGAACGUCGCAGACCUUGCAAAACUGAAGCCGGCGUUCAAGAAAGGAGGCACCACCACUGCCGGAAACUCUAGCCAAGUCAGUGAUGGUGCGGGUGCUGUUCUACUUAUGAAAAGAAGUGUGGCUAUUCAACGAGGACUACCAAUUCUCGGGGUGUUCAGGAGUUUUGCUGCUGUGGGCGUCGACCCUGCCGUCAUGGGUAUUGGACCAGCGGUUGCGAUCCCGAAAGCUGUGAAAGAUGCUGGUCUGGAGAUAAGCGACAUUGACUUAUUCGAAUUGAAUGAGGCUUUUGCAUCGCAAUUCACUUAUAGCUGCAAGAAGCUCGACUUGGAUAUGGAAAAAGUGAAUGUGAAUGGAGGUGCUAUAGCUCUUGGCCAUCCUCUGGGUGCUACAGGAGCUCGUUGUGUCGCUACUUUACUUCAUGAGAUGUCGAAGAGAGGAAAAGACUGUAGAUUCGGAGUCAUAUCCAUGUGUAUAGGUAGUGGGAUGGGAGCCGCUGCUGUGUUUGAGAGAGGAAACGCGGUUGAUAAUUUGAGCAAUGCCCGUCCUGUCCAGAAUAACAGCUUGCUGUCAAAGGACGCUCGAUAGACUCCAGGGAUGGUAUGAAGCAUGUUCUUUCGAAAUUAUUUAAUAAGACAGGGACUUCCGUAUA